CAGGCCGAGUCCCGCCUGGUUGAACUGGGAUUAAAAGUUACUGUUUGGGAAGCGAUGACUAAUUCGAGGCUCGCCAUUGCUUUUUAAUUCUUACUGAGGAUCUGAACAUGGCUGUUCCACAGGCACAGCGUUUCGAUAAUUUUGUCAACUUGGUGCAGCGUGGAAGUGAAACUAUUAUAAAAGUGUUCACAUUCCUACAGGUCCCGAUAGAUUUGUAUAGUGCCAGUACUGAUGCAGGCACUGCAGGAGCCCUGACUCCACAGCAUGUUCGAGCUCAUUCCUCUCCAGCUUCACUGCAGCUGGGAGCCGUGUCUCCUGGGGCACUGACCCCCACAGGAGUAGUCUCUGGCCCAGCAGCUGCACCCACUGCUCAACACCUUCGACAGUCUUCUUUUGAAAUACCUGAUGAUGUACCUCUGCCAGCAGGCUGGGAGAUGGCAAAGACAUCUUCUGGUCAGAGAUACUUCUUAAACCACAUCGAUCAGACAACAACUUGGCAGGACCCCAGGAAGGCUAUGCUUACGCAGCUGAAUGUUACAGCCCCCACCAGCCCACCGGUGCAGCAGAAUAUGAUGAACUCAGCCUCAGGUACUCUUCCUGAUGGAUGGGAACAAGCCAUGACUCAGGAUGGAGAAAUUUACUAUAUAAACCAUAAGAACAAGACCACCUCUUGGCUAGACCCAAGGCUUGACCCUCGUUUUGGUAAAGCCAUGAACCAGAGAAUCAGUCAAAGUGCUCCAGUGAAACAGCCACCACCCCUGGCUCCCCAGAGUCCCCAAGGAGGAGUCAUGGGUGGUGGCAACUCCAACCAGCAGCAACAGAUGCGGCUGCAGCAACUGCAGAUGGAGAAAGAGAGACUGCGACUGAAGCAGCAAGAACUGCUUCGGCAGGCAAUGCGGAAUAUCAAUCCCAGCACAGCAAAUUCUCCAAAAUGUCAGGAAUUAGCUCUCCGGAGCCAGUUACCAACACUGGAGCAGGACGGCGGGACUCAGAAUCCAGUCUCUUCUCCUGGGAUGUCUCAGGAAUUGAGGACAAUGACGACCAACAGCUCAGAUCCCUUUCUGAACAGUGGCACCUAUCACUCUCGCGAUGAGAGCACAGAUAGUGGACUGAGCAUGAGCAGCUACAGUGUCCCUCGCACUCCAGAUGACUUCUUGAACAGUGUUGACGAAAUGGAUACAGGUGAUACUAUCAACCAAAGCACCCUGCCCUCACAGCAGAAUCGUUUUCCAGACUACCUUGAAGCCAUUCCCGGGACAAAUGUGGACCUUGGAACACUGGAGGGAGAUGCAAUGAACAUAGAAGGAGAGGAGUUAAUGCCGAGUCUGCAGGAAGCUUUGAGCUCUGACAUCCUUAAUGACAUGGAGUCCGUUUUGGCUGCCACCAAGCUAGAUAAAGAAAGUUUCCUUACUUGGUUAUAGAGCCCUCAGGUAGACUGAAUUCUAAAUCUGUGAAGGAUCUAAGGAGAUAAGACACACAUUACCAGAAAUUUCCAAAUAAGCCAGUUGCAACCUUCUGGCUAAUACAGAAAAAGAUGAACAAACGUCCAGCAAGAUUCUUUCAUCCACUCUUUUGCUCUUCCGUGUCCAUUGCUGCUGUUAAUAUAUUGCUGGCCUCUUUCAUAGGUGGCCCUAAAGAGUCAAAAAACAAAAAACUUUUUGUUCCUUUUGCUAUUAUAACUACUGUUUGUUUUGGGGGCUGGGGGAAGUGAGCCUGUUUGAUGAUGGAUGCCAUUCCUUUUGCCCAGUUAGAUGUUCACCAAUCAUUUUAACGAAACGGUCAGACUUGGAAGUCAAAUGCUUCAUGUCACAGCAUCUAGUUUGUUUAAGCAACUAUUUCUUCAGCUGCUUUUGGCCAGUGGGAAAACAUGCCUUACUGGUGUGACAAACCAAAAAUGUUGUGUCUCAUACUAAGUACUUAGUGCUGAUUUGGGGAGAGAGCUGAAACCGAGGCUGAAGACUUUUACUUUCAGUGGGGUUCUUUCCCCUCCUAGUGCUAUAUCAUUAGUCACAUAGUGACCUUGAUUUUAUUUUAGGAGCUUAUAAGGCACGAGACAAUUUCCAUAGAAAUAUAUUAAUAAUUGCCACAUACUCUAGUGUAGGUUUGGGUGGGUUUUAUUGUGGGUUUGUUUUGUUUUGGUUGGUUGGGGUUUUUUUUGUUGUUGUUUUUGUUUCGUUGUUUUUUCUGGAACCAAGGCAAAUGACCACAGUAGUGAAUCUGUUUAUAGUUGUAGCUGGGAUGGUUAUUGUAGUUUCUUUGGUAAAACCUACAUUUCCUGAUUUUUUACCUUCUUAUUUAAAUCUUGAUUAUCUGCUCGCUCUAUAUAUAUAUCCUGACACCUUACAAUGUUUAUAUGAUAGCGUGAUAGCAGAAUUUUUUUUUUUUUUUUUUUUAGGUUUCCCUAUUUUCCAAUUUAUUUUAAAAUGGUAGCUUAGAGUGUAUGCAUUUAGAAUACAUGACUAAUAGUUGAUAUUUCACAGGUAGUUUAAAUCUGGUUGGGGCAGUCUACAGAUGUUUGAGGAGGUUAGUGUUCUAGAAAGGUCUGUUGUUACGGAUAAUGCCUAGGGGAGUGAUGUAUGCCCUCAAGGCACGCAGUAAAUAUUAUCUGAUGAAUUUGAAAGAAGCAAACAGGAAAUGGCUCUAUUUUCCCCUUGUUACUCCCCAGGACUAAUUUUAAGUCUUGAUGGGAAAUCACUGAGCAGGUUCAUAAUGUACAUGACAGAAGUAAGCUUUAUGUGGUCACUCACCUUCCUUUAGCUGUGGAAGUUUUACCUUCACCGUAGUUUUGGAAAUAAAUUCUAGUAUUUUAGUUGUCAUUGGUUAAUGAACAUAUUAAAGACUACAUUGAAAUAUUACCUACUAAACUGUUCUUAUAAGACUUGCUCCUACUUCUGUAUACUGAGAAUCGACCCUGGACAGUAUAAUUCUGUAAGGUCAUGCGUUAGCUGGUAAAGUGAUCAGAUUAAUAAAUGUAUAUUGGUAGUUGACUUUAGCACAGAAAUAGAGAUAAUCGUGAUUAUACUUUUAUUUUUACAGGAAGAGAUAUAACUAGAGUAUGUGUCUACAGGAGUAAUAAUGGUUUCCAAAGAGUAUUUUUUAAAGGAAAAAAUGAGCAUGAAUCAACUCUUCAGUAUAAGCUAUGAAGUGGCAGUUGGUUGUGAGUUAUAGUGGCACCAGCUAGCACCUCUGUGAUUAAGGGUCUUUCAGUGUUUCUAGAGUAAGCCCUUAUUUUCAAGGGUUUAUAACAGGUAUAAAAUCUCCUUUCCUGGCUAAACUGCUAUGAAAAGCCUCAGCUUGGGAAGGUAGAUUUUUUUUUUUUCCUAAUUACAAAAUCUAAGUAUUUUGACCCUUCCGUUUAGAGGAGUGCAAAAGUAAGUUUUAUAUUAAGUAUUUUCAGUGCUCAAAAAAAAAAAAUACAAUCACUGUGUUGUAUAUAAUGAUUCAUAGGUCAAUCACUCAUAAUAAUUGACUCUAAGGCUUUUUAUUAAGAAAACAGUAGAAAGAUUAAAUCUUGAAAUACAUCUAGGGGAAAAUGGCCACUGUGCAGAUGCAUCGAUUUUUUUGUUGUUGUUAUUUUUAGAGCAAUAAUGAAUUUCUACCUAGAAUGCAUAAUUGAGUAUAUGGAUGAUAUAGCAUGUUGGGUUUUUAAUGUGUAGAAAAUCAAAGCUACUUGGAAGGAGUGCCUACAGUUUGCCAGUAAGCAAAUAAAGAUCGUAUCUUAUAUAUCAGCAGAGUAGCUCUAGAUAAGGGAGAGGGUGGGGAGGGGGGUUGCGAAGACUUAGUGGAACUUUGAUAGAGAACUUUAUAACCUUUUUCUUCAAUAAAGACUUAUCUUGCAUCUUGCUGUCAUUAAAGGCAGUUGUUCCUAAAAUUUCAAUCCCUUAAGUACACCCACAGAAUAAGACUAUGGAGUUCUUCAUUUCCCCUCGACUUUAAUUUGCCCGGUUAUACCUCAAUGUCAUGGCAGCACUGUGGUCCCUGACAGGCGCAGUGCUCCGACCUUGGCCCUCUGCACCGACCUGAGGGAGACCUAGGAGUUCUUUCUCUUUCGUAGCCUUAGUGUGGUCUUUCUUGUUUCAUGUCCUAGUCCUAAUGUAAAAGUGUUUAACUACUUCUUGGUUGUCUUGGGCAGCAUUGGGAUAAGAUUUUUAACUGGUAUUCUUGAAUCGCUUUUACAAUAAACCAAUUUUUAUAAUCUUUAAGUUGAUCAGCUUUUUACAUUUGUGUUCUUUUCAGUUAGGGCUUCUAAGAUCUACUUAUGGUUGAUGGAGCACGUUGAUUUAGAGUUUCAGAUUUUGCAAAGCACUGUUUGCUAUAACUAUUUUCUAAAUAUAGUGCCUUUUUUAAACACAAAGAACAAAGGAAGUGACUUUUAUAAACAAAUAAUGUUGCUGUGUUAAGUGUUCAUAUUAAAUAGAUGCAUUCUAUAUGGAACCUUGGCAGAAACACUGAAAAUAACAGUAAUUAAUUGUGUAAUUCGUAACUCAUACCAAUCAGUGUUGAAACUCAAACUGUGGGAAGUGGGAGCCAAUAUCCAGUGAUUAAAACUCUGUAGCUUUUGCACAUCUGAGAAGUGAGUGCUCAGAUGAAUUUUAUCUUCUGCCAGCAUGUUUUUGUAAGAAUUGUGGGUGUGCCUAUCUUAACAUUGUUUUCUGUAUCUUGAAAAAGUAUCCUCCACAUUUAAAUGUUUUAUAUUAGAGAAUUCUUUAAUGCACACUUGUCAAAUAUAUAUAUAUAGUACCAAUGUUACCUUUUUUGUUCUAGAUGUAAGAGCAUGCUCAUCUUAUGUUAGGUACUUACAUAAAUUGUUACAUUAUUUUUUCUUAUGUAAUACCUUUUUGUUUGUUUAUGUGGUUCAAAUAUAUUCUUUAAACUCUU